AUGGAUAAAAUCAACAAUGAAAAUGAUAAAAUAAAUAUUUCAAUAAAAGCACCAAUUGGAAAUAUUGAAGAUAAUAAUAAUAAUAGUAAUAACAAUAGUAAUAACAAUAGUGUUAGCAAUAGUAAUAAUAAUAGUAGUAUUAGUAUUAACAGUGGGAGUAAUACACCAACAAAUAGUAAAAAUAGAGGUAUAAAGAUUUUCGAUUUAGAUGAUCCAUUCACAUCUAAAAGAUUAUCUGGUUUCUUUUCACCAGAAUCUUUGGCUGAACUUAGCAAACUUCAAUUAAAUGAUACCGAUAAUAAUGAUAAUUUGACGACAACAACAACAACAACAACAACUACAACAACAACAACAACAACUACAAAUACCAUAACAUCAAAAAAUAAUAGUCCAAAUACAUCACCAUUAUUAUCAUCCACUACAAUCUCUAGUAUAACAUCAGGUGCCCCAAUUAAAAAGAGAUUUGAAAGGAUACCUAGUGGAUUAUCACAUGUUACAAAUCACUACGAUGAUGACGAUGAUGAUGAAAGCAGUAGCAGUGAAGAGGAUUUCGAUUCUACAGAAUUGGUAUGUAGACCAAAUAAAACAUCUUCAACAACAGCGACAACAACAACGACAACGACAUCAGUAUCACCAUUGACAUCAUCAUUUGUAAUGAGAAGACCAAGUUCUCCAUCUCCUCCUCCUUCUUGUUCUUCACCAACUUUAUCACCUUCCUUAUCAGCAACAAGAAGAUUAUCUGGUAAUUUAGUAAAAGUUGCAACUGAUAGUGAUAAUCAAUCAUUGGAACCAUGUAAUAAUAAAACAAUUGUAGAUAAUAACGAUAACGACAACGACAACAACAACAACCACAACAACAAUAACAACAACAACAAUAAUAAUAAUUCAACUGAAGAUAUCAGUAUUAAACCAAUAUGUAAUAAAACCUUUUUAGAUUUAGAUGAAAAGAUCUAUUUAAAAAUAUUUGGAUACCUUUUUGCAGAGGAUCUUUGUUCAAUAAAUAGAGUUUCAAAACAUCUUUGUAAUAUUAUCAAUAAUCAACAACUUUGGAAAGAUUUAUUUUCAAUUUAUAUAAAAAUUUAUAGUGAACCAAGUGAUAUUUAUAUUUGGGAUGAAGAUUUAUACUCGAUAUAUAAUAAUAAUAAUAAUAAUAAUAAUAAUAAUAAUAAUAAUAAUAAUAAUAAUAAUAAUAAUAAUAAUAGCAAUAUUAGUAAUAAUAAUAAUAAUAUUAAUAAUAGUAAUGGUAAUAAUAAUCCAUAUUUCACAGGUGGUGUUAGUAAUAGCUCAAUUGGUGCCAUUGGUGGUAGUAUAGGUAGUAGUGCUGGAAGUAACAUUGCAUUAAAAUUAAGAUCAAAUACAUCAAUACCAAUAAUAGAAAGAGGUAGAAGUAAUACAAUUGCAAUGCCAACUCCAACAUUUAUAAAUGAAAUAAAUAUGUUAAAUAGUAAUAAUAGUGUAAAUAAUAAUAAUAAUAUUAGUAAUAAUAAUACUAUAAACUCAAAUAAUGCUGGUGUUAUAAUAAAUCCAUCAGGAACUGUAAAUAAUAAUAUAAAUAAUAUAAAUAGUAGUAAUAGUAUUAAUAGUAGUAGUAGUAGUGGUAGUAAUAUAAAUUUAAGCAAUAAUAAUAGUAGUACAAUUCAUGGAUCAUAUAUUAGUAGUAAUUUAAUAUUAAAUAGUGUAUUAAGAAAGUUUACACCAACAACAAGUGUACCAUCAACUAAUGAAGUAACAGAUUUUAUAGAAUCAUGUCAUCAUUUUCCAAGUAAAUUAUUGAUAUGUAAAUUGGUUCAACGUUAUUUAGUACCAAGAGAAUUUCAAAGACAUCUAUCGGAUAUUGAUUGGGUGAAAAUGGUUGAACGUCCAAUUCAAUUACGUGUUGGUAAAUUGUUGAAAAAAGUCAUUGACCAAAAGAAAGUAAACUUUGACUAUGGUACAAUGUUAAUUCUAAGAUCAUUCAUACGUGGUUAUAUUCAAUCGACUAGUGAUAUGGCAAAAGGAUUGAUCGUUGGUUUACAAAAGAAACAGGUUUUAAAAGUAUUUGAUAUCAGUAGAGUCAGUGAUAUCCUUUUGAUUAAAAUCUUUAGAAACCUAGAUUCAAUCAAAGAUUUAUCAGUUUGUCAAAGAGUUUCAAAACGUUGGAAUAAAGCCAUUGCUAUCAGUAGUCUUUGGGAACAAUUAUAUCUAAACUAUCGUAAGAAAUUACAUCAUGAAGGUGAUAUCAAUAUUUGGGAUGAUCCAUCAUUACAUACUGUUGAAUAUUUAUAUGAAUUUUUUGAUCAAAUACAACCAUCACCACAACAACAACAACAACAACAACAACAACAACAACAACAACAACAACAACAACAACAACCUCAAUUACAAACAAAUGAAAGUAAUAAUAAUAAUGAAGAUAUCAAACAAAAUGAUAACAACAAUAAUAAUAGUAAUAAUAAUGGUUUGAAUAAUUUACAAAAAUUAAUUGAAGAAAAUUUAGAAGGUAGUAAUUUAUCAAAUGGUGGUAAUAGUGGUAGUAGUUUUAGUCCAUUUAAUCCAUUGAGUGGUAGUAAUGGUGGUAGUAGUUUUGGUCCAUUUGGUAGUGGCGGUGGAGGUGGUAGUAAUAGUAAUAUUGGUGGUAGUAGUAAUCAAUUGAAUAGUAGUAGUGGUGGUGGUGGAAGUGGAUUUUUAGCAAUGGCAAGUGGUGGUAGUAGUGUUUCAUCGGUAACGAGUACACCAUCGACCAUAUCAACCAAUUGUACACCAACAGGAGGUAGUACAACAAAUUCACCAAAUUUUCAAUCACCAAUGGUAUCAAGUUCAACAGUUUUACCACCACCAAUUCCAUUCUCACCAAAUUUAUCAUCACCAAGAUCAAUGUCAAUUUCGUUAUCUUCUCCACCUCCUUUACCUAAUAAACCACCUGAAUUAAAAUUACCAGAUUCUUCAUUGUCACCAAAUUCAUCAUUUAAUAAUAAUUUAUCUUCAACUUCAAUAUCAAUACCAUCAACACCAACAACAACACCAUCUUCAUCAUUAUUAACAUUUAUACCACCAAAUACAACUUCAACAACUACAACUACUUCAACAACUAAUAUAACAUCAACUACAAUGCCAAUUUCAGCUGCAACAACAACAACAACAACAACAACUUCAACAACUUCAACAAUAAUACAACCAAUACAACCAAUACCACCAGUAAAUAAUAAUGGAUCACAAUCAGAUCUCAGUAAAAUCUCAGAUUUGAAUGCCAAUCCAAAUACUACCACUACAACAACUACUAAUACAAUAGAAUCAUCAUCAUCAUCUUCAUCAAUAACUAAUAAUAAUGAAAAUAUAAUUGAACCAAUUAAAUCACCACAACCAUCAAUGAUAAAUGUACAAAAACUUAUGAAUUUAAAUCAACUUGUUGAUAAAUUAACAUCAAUAACUGUUGCAACAGAGAUUUCAGAGGUUAAUGCAUGUUUAGCAACUUAUAGAACAUUUAUAUCAACAUCACAAUUGGUUGAAAAGUUAUUCCAAAGAUAUCAUAUUCCAAGAGCUUCAAAUAUUAAAUCCAUUUUAGAUUGGAAACAACGUAUUGAAACACCAAUUCAAGUAAAAGUUUGUAAAGUAUUUAAAAAGUUGAUCGAUGAUCAUUUCGAUGAUUUUAAUGGUACCAUCAUCGAGCUAUUCAAGGUAUUCCUAUUACAUAUCAUUGAUAAACAAUCACCAUUGACCAAUCAUUUGAUAAGAUCAUUCUCAAGAAAACUUUCAGGUGAGAAUGGUUCAACUGGAAGUGUAAUUGGUAUAACUGGUGGUAAAUCGUCACGUAAAGGUGGUGGUAGUGGUAGCGGCAGUGGUAGUGGUGGCGGUAGUGGUAGCAGUAUAAUAGGUGGUGCUGUUGGUGGUACUAUAAAAGCAUCACAAUCCAAAAUCGGUAGAAUGAUGUCUGUUAGAAAAGCUCAACAAUUCAAUGACAUCAUUUCAUUACCAGCUGAAGAGAUUGCAAAACAAUUGACCCUCAUUGAAUUUGAAAUCUUUGGAAAGAUUCAAUCAUCAGAGUUCCUUAACCAAUCUUGGGCAAAAGAGAAAACCUUUCAUUUGGCACCAAAUAUUCGUGCUUCCAUCGAUAGAUUCAACACUGUAACCAAAUGGGUUUGUACUAUCAUAUUAAAGGAGGAGAAGAUUAGAACCAGAACAAAGAUAAUGAGCAAACUAUUGAAAGUUGCAAAGAAUUUAAGAUCCUAUUCAAACUUUCACACCCUAAUGGCAAUUCUAUCGGGUUUGAAUGAAAUUCAUAUCUAUAGAUUGAAAUUCACUCAACAAGAAUUGAAACCAAAAAUUCAAAAAAUAAGCUCAGAAUUACAAACAUUAAUGUCGGUCGAAGGUAAUCAUGAAGCCUAUAGAACUGAACUUUCAAAUGUCGAUCCAAAGCAAUCAUGUAUACCUUACCUUGGUGUUUAUCUAAAGGACUUAACCUUUAUUCAAGAUGAUACCAACAAAAAAGGUGAUGGAAUUAACAUCAAACAAAGUUUAAAUUUGUACAAUAUUUUAAAAACUAUUCAAAACUUUCAAAAGAAUCCAUAUUCAUUUGAAGAGUUUCCAAAAAUUAAAGAAACUUUAUUAAAUUUACCAGUUUGGACUGAAGAUAAUUUAUAUCGUGUUUCAAUGCAAAGAGAACCAAGAAAUUGUAAAAGAUCUGAUUUAAUUUAG